AGAAGUGAUCUUCGACGAGAAGAAGUAAAGCUUCGACGAUCUCAUUCUCAUAGACCGAUCAACCCAUCAAAAGGAGAAGAUGUCUAAAUUGGCAAAUCUCGACUUCCCUGCUUUGAAAAGCAAUGGUGAAAAUUACCUUGAUUGGGCACUUGAUGCAAGGAUUAUGCUACGAUCAAAAGGAUUUGGUGAUACGAUCAUCAGUGACAAUAAGUCCAGUGAUAAAGAUCGAUAUAGUGCUAUUUAUAUAAUACAUCAUCAUCUCCAAGAGAGUUUGAAAAUUCAGUACAAAACCAUGGAAAAUCCAUUGGACCUUUGGAACGCUUUACAACGACGUUAUGACCACCAGAAAACGGUGAUGCUUCCAAGGGCUCAAUAUGACUGGAAACACUUGAGGUUCCAGGACUAUAAAACAGUAGACGAGUACAACUCUAUCCUGUUUAAAAUUGUUUCCAUGAUGGAAUUAUGUGGUGAAAAAAUUACUGAACUCGAGAUGCUUAAUAAGACUUUCUCUACGAUGCAUUCCAGUAACGCCAAUAAUGAACUGUUAAUGAAAAACAGUGAGAUGAGGCCUCUGGGAACGGCUCCAUUACCUGACAUCUCUAAACUUGCUAUAGAGCAAAAGAAAGAGAGUAACCUUGUCCACCAUAAUAACCAACCCGGCUCAUUCCGUGGUAGAAGUAGGGGACGAGGUGGCACGUUUAACGCACACAGGCGAGGACGUGGUCGCGGGAACACACCAGGCUUCAGCCGUGGUCGUGGUUGUGGCCGUAGUGUGUCGUUUAAACCUCAGAUCAAGACUGAUAUGUGCCAUCGUUGUGGUAUGGGGAACCAUUGGGCAAAGAACUGCCGUACUCCUAAGCACCUAUGUGAACUUUAUAUCAAAAGUCUAAAAGAGAAACCGGAAGCUCAUAUGGUUCGAGACUCAGGAUAUGAAGGAGAUGAUGACGAAGAGGACACAAAAUAUGUCCAGAACAAAGAGGAAGGAUCAAUCCAAGAUACCGAGAUGGAGUUUCAGACUUCAGACAUUCUGAAAUAA